AUGGGCAUGUCUCAGGGCGGCGGCCAGUCGAUGUUGCGCUUUCUGCGCUCGAACCUGCGGCUGGGCGGCUGGGUGGGCUCCGUGUGCCACGUGCCCACCGCGCCGCACACGCCGCGCAGUUGUGACCCGCUGAUCGUCGAGGGCCGCCCGACCAUCAAUCGCGACCGG